AUGGGAUCUUACAAGAGGAAGUGUAUGUGGAACAGCUUAAAGGAUUUGGAAAUCCAGGAUAUCAUGGUUGUAGAAAUUUAUGUGGAUGAUAUCAUCUUUGGAAGCACAUGGCAAGAUUUGGUGAAUAAGUUUGUGGAGAAUAUGUCUCGAGAGAUUGAGAUGAGCUUAGUUGGAGAAUUAAAGUGUUUUCUGGGGUUGCAGAUCACUCAAACGGAUAAAGGAAUAUUUGUGUCACAAAGCACCUAUGCAAGGAAGCUGCUAUCAAAGUUUAAGUUAGACAACUGCAAAGAAGCAGUAACGCCUAUGAGUACAUCGAAGAAGUUAUUAAAAGAUGAGAAAGGUCAUGAUGUGGAUAUUACUUUAUAUAGAGGGAUGAUUGGAAGUCUGUUAUACUUAACAGCAAGCAGACAUGAUUUGUGCUUCAGUGUAGGAUUUUGUGCGAGAUAUCAAGCAAAACCAAAGCAGUCUCAUUUAGAAGCUGUGAAAAGAAUCAUUAAGUAUGUCAAAGGAACACUCGAUCUUGGACUAUGGUUGUCAAAAGGGUCAAAUUCAAGAUUAGUAGGAUAUUAUGAUGCAGACUAUGCUGGUAGUAUGGAUGAUCGGAAGAGUAGUAGUGGGAGUUGUUUCUUUCUAGGAAAUAACUUAAUCUCUUGGUUAAGUAAGAAACAAAAUUCUGCAUCAUUGUCAAAAGUUGAAUCAGAAUAUAUUGUUAAAGAAGAAGAAUAA